UCUGACUCUGCUCUGUCAGUCACCGGUCGCGGUUGCUGGAGAGAGAUUGAAAGUGACACUCAGGGUCAGUCUCCUCUCGCACGGGUUCUUUUCCCCGGAAUCGGACAGCCAGACACACAGAUAGAUAGCUAUAGAGGUAGAUAGAUAGACAGAUAUAUAGACCUGGAUUCUCUGUAUUUGCUUUUCGCUUUCUCCGUUGAUUGUCAUUCCAUUUCAGUUUUUGUAUAUCUUCCCGAUAAAGGUGCAAAGUGACGUCCAUGACCAGAGCUCAUCUUCAGACCGUGGUGACAAGUUGAAGACACGCCACCCUUCUUCUUCUUCUUCUUCCUUUUCUUCAUCGUCAUCUUUUGUGCGAGCAGUUGUUUUGUGAACUAUAGCAUACUCCAGUCAGUCACCGUCCUAUCCACAGCCCUCUACAGACCGCGGCAGGCACUUCAAGCAGGAAUCGCUGCAUGCUCUCAAUCCACUCAGCCGAGCCGAGACAGAGGGGCGAAGAAAGGCAUCAGUGACUAGCCUACUAAACCAACCGUUUGAAACCCUUUCCUAUUAGAAAACAAAGCUAACAAACUUUCCGCCCUGGAUUCGUUACUUUUGAUCCAUGGAAAGAGCCUUUUCCCGAGCCAGUCCAGGCACAGACACGCCAUGAGCAGCCCGUACUCUUUGGUGGGAGCGCCAUCUGUUGAUUGGAGAAGUAUGGAGCGGCGCAGCGAGAGCCCUGGUCUGCGGGACAGCCCUGAGCGGAGGAGCAGCAGCCCCGACACCAAGGGCCCUCCACCCGGGAAGAUGGGGCGCCUAGAGCAGAAUGGGAGCCCCACAGGGGCCCGCAGUCGCCUCAACGGGGCCUCAACACGCUCACUCGGAGGUCUCAUGAUCCCCGUGUUCUGUGUGGUGGAGCAGAUGGACACUCCCCCAGAUGUGGACGGUCGAGAGGAGCACGCCGAGUUUGUGUUGGUUCAGAAGGACGUCCUCUUCAAGCAGCUGGUGGAGACGGCUCUGCUGGCACUGGGGUACUCCCACAGCUCGGCCGCGCAGGCCCGGGGGAUCAUCAAGGUGGGCUGCUGGAACCCGCUCCCGAUCCACCACCUGAGUGAUGAGCCCGAGGCCACAGUGGCGGACAUGUUGCAGGACGUGUACCACGUGGUGACGCUGAGGAUCCAGCUGCAGAGCCGUGCCAAGCUGGAGGACUUGCCUGCAGAGCAGUGGAACCACGCCACUGUGCGCAACGCCCUGAAAGAGCUGCUGAAGGAGAUGAACCAGAGUACACUGGCCAAGGAGUGCCCUCUCUCACAGAGUAUGAUCUCCUCCAUCGUGAACAGCACCUGCUACGCCAACGUCUCCACUGCCAAGUGCCAGGAGUUCGGCCGCUGGUACAAGAAAUGCAAGAAGGUUAAAGGGGAUUACUUAGAGAAGAUGUGGGCAGGAAGAGAAAACACAGAAAUUAAAGUGGAGAGAGACAACCUGUCUGAAUUCUGUGUCCUGGGCCAGCGUCCCUCACACCUGCCUGGCCUGACCCAGCUGAGCUCGCUGGGCGGAGGGGGGGAGCAGCGGGAACCGCAGCAGCAGCAGCAGCAACCGUCCCCUCACAGCCAGCUGCACCACAGCCCCCCCUUGCACAGCCAGGUCCCCCCCGGAGCCACGCUGCAGCCCCUCAUGGGCCCUGCAGGCCUGCUCUCACCCCAGCUCAACCCCCAGCUGGUCCGGCAGCAGCUGGCCAUGGCACACCUCAUCAACCAGCAGCUAGCGGUCAGCCGGCUCCUCACGCACCAGCACCCCCAGGGCAUCAACCAGCAGUUCCUGAACCACCCGCCCAUCCCGCGCCCUGCCAAGCCCGCGGAGCCCGGCUCCAACCCCAGCGGCGUGGAGGUCUCACCCGAAAUCUACCAGCAGGUGCGGGACGAGCUGAAGAGAGCCAGCGUCUCACAGGCCGUCUUCGCCAGGGUGGCUUUCAACAGGACGCAGGGCCUGCUCUCUGAGAUCCUGAGGAAGGAAGAGGACCCGCGUUCAGCUUCGCAGUCGCUGCUCGUGAACCUGAAGGCCAUGCAGAACUUUCUGAACCUCCCUGAGGCCGAGCGGGACCGAAUCUACCAGGAGGAGAGAGAGCGCAGUAUGAACCCGGCCGCGGGGCUGCCCUCCCCCAGCACAGCCCCCACGGGGGUCCCGCGCCUGCCGCAGUUGAAGCCCCCUGGCCCCAGCCCAGACUUGCCCCUGAAGGUGGAGAGUCUGGGAAUGUGCAUCACUUCCAUCAUCUACGAUGAGAUCCAGCAGGAGAUGAAGCGAGCCAAGGUGUCCCAGGCACUCUUCGCCAAGGUGGCUGCCAACAAGAGCCAGGGCUGGCUGUGUGAGCUGCUCCGAUGGAAGGAGAACCCAAGCCCUGAAAACCGCACACUGUGGGAGAACCUGUGCACCAUCCGGCGCUUCCUGAGCCUACCACAGUCGGACCGGGACCUGGUGUACGAGGAGGAGUCACGGCACCACCACAGCGAGAGGCUGCAGCACACCGCCAUACACCCGCCUGCAGAGCCGAGCCAGCAGGUGCUUCACAGGCAGUCCUCGCAGCCUGCCAAGGAGAGCUCCCCCCUGCGCGAGGAGCCCGUGUCGACGCCGAUGGGCAGCGGUGGUGAGGAGAGCGGAGGUGGAGGCGGAGGUGUGAAGAAACCUCGCUCUCGCACCAAGAUCUCCCUGGAGGCCCUGGGCAUCCUGCAGAGCUUCAUCCAAGACGUGGGGCUGUACCCGGACCAGGAGGCCAUCCACACGCUGUCCGCCCAGCUCGACCUGCCCAAACACACCAUCAUCAAGUUCUUCCAGAACCAGCGCUACCACGUGAAGCACCAUGGCAAGCUGAAGGAGCACGUGGGUGGAGCUGGCAUUGACGUGUCUGAGUACCGAGAGGAGGAGCUGCUCUCCGAGUCCGAGGAGACCGGGGACAGCGAGGACGGGCCUGAGGACAUGUAUGGAGUGGAGAGCACGGAGGACAGCAAGGACAAGAGCCAUAACAACCUCAGCGCCUCCACCGCCGCCAGCCCAGAGCAGCACAGAUAAUACCCCAGAGAGCAGGGGGCCAAGGGAGCUGGGGGCAGGAGGGGUAUGAAAUUCCAAACAACCUAAAUAAACAAGGACAGGGACAAGGUCCCUCCCCCUGGCAGCUUCUUGCACACCAAUGUCAGGCCAUUCGAGGCAGCAGAGCAGCUGAUAUUGAGAGACAGAGCAUUGACAGGGUCAAGAUUAAUUAAAUAAGCAAGCAUCUGGACUCACUGAAUGAGUAAAGUAGAGGGCAGGAGGUAGCUGCCCCAUAAAACUGGGUUCAGCAAUUGGUGAAAGUUUCAAAACCUCCUUUCUUAUUAGUUAGUGGGACACAUCAGAAAGGAAUUUCCUACAACCUCCCCAACCCCCUAAUUUCAUAUUGAAGUAUUACAGACCCUGAGACAAUCAAGGACAGGAGGUUGGGGAGGUCCCUUUCUUUACCCAUCCAUCUCACCUCUGCAGACUCGUCUUCACCCGACCCUACCACACCCUCACUCGAGGAGCUCUCCUGGUUUAACAGAUGAGCAGGGAUAUCUCUCUGUUGGUUCUCAGCUCUUCCAGUCCACUCCUUCUCAAGCUCCUCACUCAUCAGCUCCUCUGAGUGCUAUCACUGCUCACAGGAAGACCGUUUCACACCAGCAGGUGGAGGACAUUUAGGAAACUCAUUAUCACCUCCCCCUUACCCUACCAGGUCCCAAAACUGCCCACACGGCUCUGUGUUCCAGGUCCACUCUUGGGGUUGAGGGUCCAAAGAACUGGGAUUCAUUAGAGAAAUUACGAUCAGAGAGCCACAUCACCUCGCUUCAUUGCGCAGCUUCACCCACACAGUCUUCAUAACUGUGCAUGCGUGUUCCGGGCUGCAGUGAAGGGAGUUCUCUGACCUCACUCUCUCCUCUACAUUCUUUUGCACCGAUUCUCAGCUCAGCAGUAUUACACAGAGAGAGGGAUGGGGGAAACAAGGCUUUACUUGACACCAGAUUUGCCUUUCUUGACUUUGUUGCACUUAUAAUUCUGGGGGGAAAAAAGGAAGAACAAUGGAAAUUUAUUGAGAAGAAAGAAAGAAAGAAAGAAAGAAAGAAAGAAAGAAAGAAAGAAAGAAAGAAAAAGAAAGAAAGAAAGAAAGAGCAAUCAAGCCUGCCUCUGUGUUUAUGUACAGCACAUGCAUUGCAUGGGAUAGAAACUCCACCGGACCUUGAGACAUGUUCUCUUUAAGGAAAGGGAAUCUGCACACUGUUUCUGCUCCUCAAUCACUUCGCAAUGAGUGGAUCUGGCUCCGAGAAUGCCUCCAGCUCUCAGGGCGUGGUGGUGACUGUUUAUUCUUGAUCCCUAUUUAUUUUCUAUGUUUAUCCGUGAUUAUUAUUAUCUUCUUUUUGAGGCAUGUAUUUUGAGAAGAAACAAAGAGAAAAUAAUCUACAAAGAAGAAGAAUGAGUGAAUGACAAAAUGUUAAAUAAUAAUAAUAAAAAAACAAACAUUUAAAUGAUUGCAGAGUUCUGUUACUUUCAGAAAGACAAGGCAGGCUACUAACUGUACAGAACAGAAGUUAUUGUGAAACAGAAAAUAAUCUGCUUUUGCUACUUCACUCGACAAUCCCGUUGUUUCCACUGUCAAGAGGCGAAGGCUCUUAGUUCGUUCGUCUGUCUCCCUGGCAGAAAGCUCUUGUCCGGGCACAGAGAUCUCUGUUUCCACUGAAUCCAUUGAAUUCCUAAAAAUCAGGGCUGUGAUUCUCAAAAACACUGACACUGACACAGAGGUUCAAGGGACCUUAUUUUUGAUUUGCUGCACAAAUCACUAUACAUUUGAACCUGUCUGCUUUUUAUUUGUUUCUUUGUAUUUUCUUUUAUUUCCUAUUACAAAGAGGGACCAGCUUGCUGAGUUAUUUGGUUUCCAACAAUUCUAAAGAAAAUGGAGUCAUUGUCUUGCGGUUCUUCAAUGCAAGAACGUAGCAACCCACAGUAAGGACUAAUUGAGCUGGCUAUUCCCAGUCCUGGCUGGCUGAGUUCUGCCUGUACCGUAUUUAACCCUUUGUGUUUGACUGUGUAGCCUUGUUUGGUGCGUACAGGUUACCUCACUACAGCACACACCCCCUCCAUGUUCAGACUGCUCUGGGAUCAGAAGAUGAAUGAGGCUUGCUGGAAUAUCAGUUGCAAUGUCACACUGAUAACUCCUUUCUGUUCUUCCUGUCUGUGUUGAGCUAUCUUGCUGUCAGCAGAUUUAACAUCCCAGAUAUCAGCAGUGAUAACCAGCAGACCCACCUGCUCUCACACGCUGUUCUCAGCACAAGGAUUUGCAGGUUCAAAUCUUGAGCCAUAGGCAACUGUAACACGCCUUGUUCAUCUCUAACCUGAGCUAGUCCAAUGCCAGCACCCAAUACGGUGUGCAUGGAUGGGGGGGGUCUGGUUAUUGUUCAAGAUUGAGUGUUUGAAGUUAUGGAUUAAGACUGAAAGACUGAUGUCCAGGUAGUGGUACAAUUAUAAUCAGAGUCCCUUUAUCCGCACAGAGAGACGCACACAGAUCUGUAGGCUAUUCUAGAGAGCUAAGAGAUAAGAAUCCACCCAUACGGAACAGACAUAUACGCUUCAUAUAGGAGACAGUAUAAAACACGUUUAGCUACCUGAUAUAAUGGAGGGUGUCUGUGGGGACCAGAUUCAUGUCUCCCAAAUGUUUAAGCCCACGGCUUGUUGUUGGAAACCCCAAGGUGGCCCAGAGUCAAUGGCAAGGUGGACAGGGUUAGGAAUUAUGAACAGAGCGGGGGCAGGGGGUUGAUUGUUAGUUUGAAAAUGCAUUGAGAUCAAUGGGAAAGUCACAUUAGUUCAAAUAGAGAUUUAUGCUUCAUAUUAAUAAAUGUUGUACCCCUAGUGGCAGACUGCCACAUCUCAAUGUCAUUUUACAGAACAGACUUUUUCAAGUCCCUUGUGACGGGUAGAAUACUGGAAGCAAUUGAGAGGUUUGGACGCGUGUUUUUUCCAGAUGGGCGGGUGGAAAUUGGGCACUUUGUUGGGAAUCCAUUAGUGAAAGAAGGCUGAGCGCGUGGCAGUCUUACCUCAAAGCCAAACUGUAUCUGAAUUACUGUGGUCAUUAUUGUUGUUUAAUUUGGUCUAGAAAUUAUUGUAUAAUAAUACUGAGACUUUAAAAACUAGAGUUAAGGAAAAGCUGCUCUUACCUAAUCACUUUGCUACUUUAUCUUAUUUGUUAUUGCGCUUAUUGAAUCAAGUUGUGAGUGUUUUAAGGGAAUCUGUGUUCUUUGGAGCGUGUUGUUUGAGGUGUUCAUCUUCCGUUCCUGUUUUUGCUCUUCUGUUUUUUAUUAGUUUCUAAAGGAGGGCAGUCUCUUCGAUUGGCAGCAAGGACACCCACAGUUCUGUCUGUUCCUUUAACCCACCACUGCACUGUCACUGCGAUGCAAUGUGAGCCUGCAGUCUCACGUGGUAUCACUGGCACUGCACGUAGACGGGGGUAACCAGCAGUGCAGUGGAAGUUACAGUGCAGCUGUGCGUUCAACUAUGUUCUGGUCCACCCCAUUGUUUACUUCACUGUUGAAAAGAAUAUUUGCUUGCCAGUCAUUGGGAGACUGUGGUCUGUUGUCAUGCAAGUAUGCCUAGGCAGGCCUGGCCCAUCCAACAUUAAUGCUGGUUCUGCUAGUUUAAAACGCAGACCCUCUGCGAAGCUCAGUCAGCUGUUACUGAAGCCCGUCUGUUAUUGGAUUCGUCCAUCGCUAAGUCUGGCCUGUGUUUAUUAUUGGACCCUCUUUGUUGUGCAGCGUUGUUUUGUGCGCUUUGCUUGUGUUCCUGUUGGAAGUGAAGCCGUGGCAGUGACUCACCAGAGAGACACGCAUUCUUUCAUGAAUAAUAAUGCAUAUGAUGACUGUUUAUUCAUUAUCUGUCAUGCCGUAUUAUCUUUGGGAAAGAAGUUUUAAAGAAAACAAACAAAAAAGUUAUUUGUUUCUUGUAGCGCCUCUUGACAAAGCACAAUUUUCCACCAUCUUUUGUAAAAUGAAGAUUAUUAAUGCAUCAGCAGCAAUGUGAAUGAGGAUUAUACGAUUACUAAGUGGUCCUUUUUUCAUGUCAACCAAUCUGGUCUUUGUUAUCACUAAGUGAUAAUUCAUUUUUAACUUAUGUGCAUUGUUAGGCUGUUUUAGAUUUUUUUUUGUUGUUGUUCAAAAUAAAAUGCAUCCGAUAAGUAAA